AUGACCCAAAAACAGCAGCUCGAAGACGUGCAACUGAAAUUUAUGGCUGAAUUAGAUAUUCUUCUUCAAACAUUACAUGAUGUUACAAUAUCAGAUAAAAAUCUUAAUAACAAUAGAAUAAUUGAGAGUCGAAUAAAUGAUAUUAUUGAAUCCGUAAAUAGUCAAGCAAGUCAAUCACAAUCUCAAAAAAUUACUGGCACUAAAAUUAAGAAAAAGAAAAAUUAUGGUCGACUUGUGAAAAGACUGAAGCAUAGAUUCAAAUUGGCUAAUGUUAUUUUACGUAAAUCUGAUAAAUCUAAAGUAUUUCAUUUAGGUAAAAUUGAAGAUUAUCGUAAGAAAUCUGAAGAGUAUAUGGUUAAAACUGAAGCAUAUAAAUGCUUAGGUAUAAACGAUCCAUUACCAGAUUUAAUUACAAAAACCAAUAAAUAUUUAUUAGAUUUAAGAUUAGCCAAAUGGAUUAGUCAAAAACAAUAUGAAAAACUAUGCAUUAAUCCAUGUGAAGUCGAACUGGCUCAUUUAUAUUAUUUACCAAAAGCCCAUAAGCCAGGUACUCCUCUUCGUCCAAUAGUUUCUGGUCUGAAGCAUCCUACAAUCAAAAUAUCCAAAGUUCUUGAUGAAUUAUUAAGACCAUUAUUUGAUAAAAUGGCUUCAAAAACAACUGUAAAUUCUGGUUUUGAAUUAAUGAAACAGUUGCAAGAAUGGUGUAAAAUAAAUAUGCGUCAAGAAACAUUAUUCUGUACAAUUGAUGUAGCAGAUCUUUAUACAAUGGUGCCACAAACCGAAGGAGUACUAUCAUUAAAAAAGAUGUUAGAUCAUUUAAAAUUAAAACGUAUUAAUGGAUUAAAAAUUGAAACAAUUAUUAGAUUAAGUCGAUUUGUGAUGCAAAAUAAUUAUUUUUCUCAUGAUGGCCAAUAUUAUCAACAAAUUCGAGGAGGGGCUAUGGGUUCCCCCCUUACAUUAACAGUCGCCAAUUGUUACAUGUUCUUUUAUGAACAGCAAAUUAUAAAGCAAAUACAUAACAGUGGCGGACUUUAUUUUAGAUAUAUUGACGAUAUUUUUAUUGUAAUUAAUUGGCCUGCUCGACAUUUAUUUAAGCAAAUCGACAGAUGGAGUUAUUUUGAUGAAAACAUUAAAUUAUCUGAAAAUAUAGGUAUAACGGCCGAUUUUCUAGACUUACAUAUAGAAAAUCGAGAUGGUAAAUUACUUACAACUGUUUAUCAAAAGCCAUCUUAUGAGCCGUAUUACCUACCAUUUAAUAGUAUUCAUCCAUUACAUAUGAAGAAGAAUAUAAUCUUUACUUUGCUACUUCGAGCUCUAAGAUAUUGCUCAACAUUUCAAGAAUAUUUAAAUGAGCGUGAAAGGCUACGAGUGGCAUUACUACUAAAUAAAUAUCCAAAUAAAUUUAUUGAUGAACAAUUUAUUUAUAUUUUAGAAAAAUUAAAUAUUGAACAUUUGUUAACAUUUAAUAAUUAUGCUCAACAUCGUCAAAAAAUUAUAGAUUCCCCAAUAAAAGAAAAAGUACCUAUAGAUUAUGGAAAGACAGUGUUCGUACAUUUUACAUAUUGUUCAAAUAUGAGGGCAUUUCCAGCUAAAUUCCAUGAUUUAUGGAAUAAAUACUUUGGUGAAUCUCCGAUUAAUGAUAUUAUACCUACUCUUGGUACUCGGAACGUUAAUAAUUUUCAACGACGAUUAGUACAUACAAGAUUAGUGAAUAUAUAA